AGGAGAGGAGAGGGGAAAGAGGGAGGAGAGAAUUGGGGAACAGAGGCGACAGGAUUGACUUGGGAAGGAGAGAAAGAGGAAAGGUUUGGAUUUGCUUUAAAGGACAUAGAGGGAGGAAAAAAGGGAGAAAGUGGGGAGAAAAAGAGGAGGUGAAAGAAAAAAGGAGAAAAGCCCAAAUUGAUAGCAAGGGAAGGUGUAGUGAUCUCUGUUGAGAUCUGCAGUGGAGGGUUUCUCAGACUCAUCAGUCCGGCUGAAUGUAUCACAUAGCAGAGCAGUAUUCUGGACGUAACUCAUGGGACUCCUUCCCCUCUUCUGGGCCGAGUCGGGCACCAUGGGCCCCAGGCAGCAACCGGCACUGGUCCCCUCCAUCCAGGUGCAGUGGGGGGAACUAUCAAUCCCCAUCCCAAAACUACAUAGCAGGACGAAGCUACCCAAAUAAAGCAUAUAACAACAGACCUCCAGGGUUCAGCAGGGACAGGCCCCACACGCACCCCAGAGACAGAGGCAUUGGAAAGGAGCAGAGGGUCCCUAGGGGCUGCGUUCCAACACAGAGCCAUCAUCACAAUUUAGAACGCUCCACCCUAAACUACAGCUCAGGGUGUGGAGGACACCUCUCUAGCAGCAACAAUCACAGCAGCCAGCCACACAGGUAUGGGGGUCCGCAUCAGCAGCAGCGUUCCACUGGGUGUGCCCCACAGACCCAGGGAGAGAAAUGGACACAGUCGACUCAGUCCAGGACUUUACAAGGGCCCUCUCUCAAACGUCCAGCACCUCCUAACAAUAUCUCACCACCACUCCGGAACCCAUCCCCUUCACGAGACGACUGUCCCAGCAAGAGGAACAAGAGCAUAAGCUCACAUCAGAAUUUCCACCCAAGAGAGAAAUAUUUCAUCAACCGUCCACCUCCAUCACAUCCACCUCGGCCAUGGAGCCCAGCAUACAAAAGCUCAAUGCCCUGGAGCCUGUCUGAGAAGAGUCCCUCUCAUUUUCAGGAGUCCAGUCAUACAGUCAUGAGAGAUCACAGACCGUAUUCCAUCCCAUCACCACCCAACAGUGCCCCAAGCCAGGGCCUACAUAGCAAGAAACGCACCAAACAGGGGCAACCCCAUCAUCCGGCCCGAGAUCAUCCAGGCCCCCAUCCCCGUGGGGCCAAAGGGGGCUGGGAUUGCCCAUCACCAGCAAACCUCACCAGUGUGCCUUACAGUCAGCAUCACCAGCUCCCUCCACCACAGAGGCACACCGGCCCCUUCAGCAGCCCAGCCACCUCAGUACCUCAGCCCAGAUUCAACACAGCACAGCCUGCCUGGAAAACACAGAGCUGCUCUGGAAAACAUGGCAGCAAUGAGAUUGGGCGUACCACCUCUGGCCUAGAGUCUCAAGAGUCUGUGAGUGGGGACAGAAAACGACCAAGCACAUCUAAACACAUUAGCCGCCAACGGAGUCCCUUUCAGCCAUACAGCAAUGCAGAGGGUACAGUCACAGAUUGUUCAGAAUGGAGGACUCCAGAGACUGGGUUAAAGAAAUACAAUCAGAGAGACUCAGACUCCCCUUCUGAACACAGCAUUCAAACCUCAGACAGAGGUAUGAGGGCACAGAAGUCAGAAAUGAAGAAGAGCAGGCACUCUAAACAUCAGACUGGAUUUAAAUCCACCCAAGAGAGCUCUUUCAGCAAGCUGGACACUGAACUCUUAAAACAUAUUAAUGCCAAGAGGAGGCACAAGGAGCAAUUAAGGAGGAAGGAUAAAAAGAAGGAAGGAGAGCUGUUAGACACAAGAGAACGGAUGGAGAAAAAAAUGGAGGACAGGAAAAAGAAAAAGAUGAGGGAUGGAAGAAAGGGGCAUGAUAAGAAGAACAUACAUCAAAAUGGCCGAAAGUUGGGACAGAUAACUAGAAGAGCAAAGGAGGAGAGGAAAAAAGGAAUGCAUGAAGACAGGAAGAGUGAGAUGCCAACUUCGAAAUCAGCAUCUCCCAAUUUAGGAACAUUGUAUACCAGUGAUUCUGAACCUCUCCUGGAUGACGUACUGUCUGAGCCACUUCAUCUCAAUAACAGAGAGGAAGAGUUCUCUAGACACACCUCAGGGUUCAUCCCACCUUCCACAUCUCCUCCUGUCAGUAAAAACCAUUGUUCUCCAUGCCAGUCAACCCAUAGAGCCAAUUCUAAAGCCUUAGAGGUUGACGACCAAUCAGAAUCUUCUGAGCCUGACCAUGUAGACACUAGUGAUGAAGACUGUGUAGAGGCCCAUGAUGUUGGCAGGUCCAAACGUAUUCUUCCCAAUAAGCAGAAGGUUUGUGAAAAAGAACUCAUCAGAACCAAGGAGGGUGUCUUAGGGUUGCAUAGUGCCCCAGACCUCUUACCAGCUCACUGCACCUAUAGUGAAGAACUCCUAAAGCUGGACCCACCAACAAGCCCACCUGUUCUGAGCUGGCAGGGCUCUCCGGUGUCAGACUUAGGUGAUGAUGAUGAGGAAGGGAACGAGGGAGAAAUGGUAAGAGUACUGAGGAGGCCAGUACUACAACCUAGUCCAACACACUCAUCUCCAUUUAGAGACCCAGUGGAGAUCAACACUGGAGUUGACUAUUGCCACAGUGACCUGGCCAAACUGUAUGGCCUUCCUGAGUGUUCUAAAGCAAUGGACACUGAGGAAGAGGAUGAAGAAAAGAGAGAAGGAGAGCAGAAAGAUAGUAGUCCUGAUGCAGCAAGCAGCUCUGAGCCCAACAAACCGCACUUGCAUCAAAUGGACGCAUUUAAAUCAGCAACCUCAGCGAUGGGCAGCCAUAGGUACACUUACAGGGGUGGGCCAUUUGGUCGGCCACCCCCUGGUGCUCUGGUUGGGGUGAAAUACUCAUCGUCUCUGUCCUUGGGUCCUGAGAUCCACCCUCCAGAUCAGCAUAGUCCACCUGCCACAUCUCCAACCACAGAAAUCCCAGAUCAGGUCACACCACCACUGAUCCAGCCUGCGGAAAAAGACAAAGAGGCUAAAACAGAGGAAGAAAGAAUGGAAAACAGUGCAAAGGAAGAAGAAAAGAAGGAAACUGAAGUGCAGAAGAUGGAUGAACAAGUGGAGAUCAAAGUAGCUAAAGACCCAGCCUGUACUUCACUGAAGGAUAAGGAACCUCUAAUGUCUCCCGCCACUCUGCAGGCCAAACUAGUACAAAGCUGCGAGCUUCUGCUCAAUCAAAACUCCAGCCCUGUGUCAAAGGCAAUGAAAGUCAGCGGGCCCACAUCUAUUGAGAGAGAAAAGGAACAAAACAGGGCCAGACAGAAAGAUCAAGUGAAGUCUCCAAGAAAAGCUGGUAGGAACACAAGAGGAGAAAAUCCCAAAAAGAGAAAUGGUGGAGAGAAUAAAAAGGAAACAGUGGAGGAUGAGACAAAGAGAAAGGAUUCAUCCUCUGAAGGUUUAAAUGAGCACUUGGUGGAAAUCAAGAACAAACAGGUUGUCCCAGAAAACCAAACAAUUUACUUGAAAGAUAACGAAACAGAAUCUAAAGAAGUCGAGAGAGAAAAAGAGACAGACGUUAAAAAAGAGGCCAUGAAAGAAGACACACUAAAGGCUGAUACAUCUGCUACGGCAUCAUCUACAUCUGCCACAACCAACACACAAACCUCUCUUACUGUGACACCCUCCAGCAGACCUCUGCUGCUGGAACGGGUCAAUCUCCUUAAUCUGCAGGAGUUGUCUAAAAUUCCCUUGAAAGAACUGAGGAUCCGUUUGGUCAAGAUUGAGAGCGAAGCUCGGCAGACUUUCAUUGUCUCAGAGGUCGAGCAGAAGACCAUGCCACUCAAUGCCAUCAACAUAAAAAAUAACGCAACUGAGGUCAUACGUGCCUGCAAAGGGGCAAAUAUCAACUGCAAGUUUCGGGAGUCAUACCUGCUUCCAGCAUUUUCAAUGAAACCUGUCCUGUCCAAUGACACUCCUAUUCCCAGAAACAAACUGAACCCUCCAACACCGAGCAUUUAUCUUGAGAGUAAAAGAGAUGCUUUUUCUCCGGUGCUGCUGCAAUUCUGCACAGACUCUAAAAAUGCUGUUACUGUCAUCAGAGGGCUGGCUGGAUCCCUCCGUCUCAAUCUGGGUCUGUUCUCCACUAAAUCCUUGGUGGAGGCCAACUCAGAGCAUGCAGUGGAGGUGAGGACUCAGGUGCAGCAGCCGGCAGACGAGAACUGGAACCAUUCAGGAUCCGCCCAGACCUGGCCCUGUGAAAGCAGCAGAUCUCACACCACCAUCGCUAAAUAUGCACAGUACCAAGCAUCCAGUUUCCAGGAGAGCUUACAGGAAGAGAAAGAUAGUGAAGAUGAGGAUGAAGAAGACAAAUCAGAGGAAGAAAAUGUGAAAAAAUCCAACCCCCAAGGAAACACUGGGACUUCUAUCCCCACAUCCAGCCCAGAGCAGAAGGCCGUUGGAAAAAUCAUCAAAUUUGGAACCAACAUUGACUUAUCAGACCCAAAACGGUGGAAGCUGCAGCUGCAGGAGCUGUUGAAGUUGCCUGCGUUCAUGCGUGUGUCCUCCAGCGCGAACAUGCUGAGUCAUGUUGGCCACACUAUACUGGGCAUGAACACAGUCCAACUUUAUAUGAAGGUACCUGGCAGCCGCACACCAGGACAUCAGGAAAAUAAUAACUUCUGUUCAGUGAACAUCAAUAUUGGCCCUGGAGACUGUGAGUGGUUUGCUGUCCAUGAACACUACUGGAAAGCCAUCAGUGACUUAUGCGAAAAGCAUGGUGUGGACUAUCUGACAGGCUCGUGGUGGCCGGUUCUGGAGGAUCUGUACUGUUCAAACAUCCCAGUGUACCGCUUCAUUCAGAGACCUGGUGACCUUGUGUGGAUCAACGCUGGCACUGUGCACUGGGUCCAGGCCGUGGGCUGGUGCAACAACAUUGCCUGGAACGUGGGCCCUUUAAAUGCCUAUCAGUACCAGCUGGCUCUUGAACGUUUUGAGUGGAACGAGUUCAAGAAAGUCAAAUCAAUCGUCCCCAUGAUUCACGUGUCCUGGAACGUGGCCCGCACAAUCAAGGUCACAGACCCAAACACAUUUAAGAUGAUCAAACAUUGUCUACUCCAAUCCAUCAAACAUAUUCAGAUUUUGAGGGACCAGCUGGUGUCUGCAGGGAAGAAGAUCUCCUAUCAGAGCAGGGUGAAGGAUGAGCCAGCGUACUACUGCAACGAGUGCGACGUGGAGGUGUUUAACCUCCUGUUUGUGACCAGUGAGAACAGCAGUAGGAAAUCAUACGUGGUUCACUGUGAGGACUGCGCUCGGGAGCACAGCCCCAGUCUGAGCGGGGUGGUGGUGCUGGAGCAGUACCGCAUCAAUGAGCUCAUGAACACAUAUGAUAACUUCACCCUAGCUCAAGUCCCGUGCAGUAGAUGAACUUGAUGUCUGAGACUACACAGCCAUAACCAAAUCUCCCAUCCUUCUGCCUCAAAUCAGUGGCACAAACUUUACGUUCUCCUUAUUUUUUACUUUUAUUACCAAAACCACUACUGCAGGCUUGUGGAACAGCCAAUCAAAUCGCUGUUUUCUUCAUAUUGUUUACAAUACUAUCAGCAGAUGUCUCUCCAGCGCAGUCGUCUUCCCCUCAGCCAGCUACUGACGGGACAUCUGAUAGUUCUCAUGCUCCUGGUUAUAGAAUGACUAGAGUGGUGCUACAUCAAUGGACUUUAACAAUAAGGUGUAACUUGGCUAUCAGGUCACUCAUCUACAAUGGAUAACUGCUGUGAUUCCUUUUUAAAAAAUUGUCAACUUGCCUAGCAUGUGCAUUAAUUCAGGUACUGAUGUAGUUUACUUUUUUUUAUGCAAAUGGAAGACGAUUUCACCAGUCCAGUUAUUCUGUGUCUCUGAAUGAGUGGUGCUUUGAUACAACAUACAGUAUAUAAGAGCAGGGGAUUGAUUUCUCUUGGAGCUGAUGACCAUUGCAGUGGCAUUGCGUUCUGUUUUUCUGUUGUUUCGGUCAUGUCAUAUUUACUACAAGUCUGACAUUUGUAAAUGGUAUUUGCAUAUUUGACUGGGUGCUAUUUUUUUAAGUUGUCAAGUGUUUUCGGAAAGAAAAAAAAAGUUUUUUAACAAUCUAGACUAACACCAUUUGGGCCUUGUGGUAUGCAUUUAGACAAAAGCUGAUUUCAUUGUAUUUGAUUAAAUAGAUAAUAUAAAAUUUUCUUAGAGCAUUAAAAUAUCAUGUGAGGUACAGUAUAUGUAACAGUUACCCCCCCCCCCCCCCCAAAAAAACGGGUUUAAUCCAAAACUUAUUU